GAUGAUAACAGCUGGAUCUUGAUCACAAGGUGAAGUCACUCACUCCUCCUCCUCCUCUCUCAUGUCUCGUCUCUCACUUUCCUCUUACUUUUUCUGCACGUUGUGUUUGACUCCACAACACAUCUGAUUUUUAACAGGGACCACAGGUGAUUGUGGAUUUUCCGCGUUAACACUCGGUCAUUUUGUGCGUAAAAGCAUCCUUCAUUCCUCCAUCUGUCCACACGGAUGUGCAGCCUCAAGGAGAGGAUAUGUACCCGGGCAUAAUGACCACCAACCACGGACCCCCUUCCUAUGAGGCCGGAUUUCUGCACAACGCCUCGGCGGGCACCUCCCCGGUCUAUGUGCCCACGACGCGGGUCGUCACCCCCAUGAUCCCGGCGCUGCCUUACCUCCAGACGCCCGGUGCGUCGCAGCAGAGCAGCCCCGUGUCGAGCCACUCCGCCUGGGCGCAGCCGGGCGCAGACUCGGUGUCCUCGUACAACCACUCCCCGGUGUCCUCGCGCUUCACCUUCUCCAGCAGCCCACCUAUGUCCUCCGGGGUGGCCGCGGCCCGGGAGGUGGCAGCCUCUUACACCAGCCCGCUAAACAUCUCCGCGAACGGCAGGGAGCACUACGGCGCCCGGGGCCUCAGCGGGUCGUACCACAGCCCCUACACGGCCUACAUGACCCCGAACAUGGGCGGAACGUGGCCGGCGUCCCAUUUCGAUAGCCAGGUCCUCCACGGUCUCCAAGCCGGUGCUACUCCAACACGGCAUCCAAACAUAGAUUUGUUCGAUGACUUCGCUGAGGGCCGAGAGUGCGUGAACUGUGGGGCGAUGUCGACCCCCCUCUGGAGGCGGGACGGCACCGGCCACUACCUGUGCAACGCCUGCGGGCUGUACCACAAGAUGAACGGCAUCAACAGGCCCCUCAUCAAACCCCAGCGACGACUGUCUGCCUCGAGAAGGGUGGGCCUGUCCUGCACCAACUGUCACACCACCACCACCACCCUGUGGAGACGAAACGCAGAGGGCGAGCCGGUCUGCAACGCCUGCGGCCUCUACAUGAAACUCCACGGGGUACCACGACCCCUGGCUAUGAAGAAAGAGGGGAUCCAGACCCGCAAACGCAAACCCAAGAACCUCAACAAGUCCCAAACCGGGACUCCAGGCUGUGAGGGGACUCAAGUCACACCCUGCAGCACUCCCCGCCACGCCACCGGCAGCAUCAGCCUCAGCAGCGGCGGCAGCACAGAGGAGCCUCGUCAGAUAAAGACAGAACCGGAGGCUCACAGCUUGUUCUCACACCACAGCGCACACUCACAGAUUUCCGCACUGCCGGCCUACAUGGCAGCUCAAGGUGGAGCCAUUCCUCUCAAGAUGUCCCCCGGGGGCCACAGCGGAUCCUCUGGAUCCAAAGCUGAGCCGUGGAGCAGCCUAAUCCUGGCUUAGAAGACCUACAAACCAGAACCAACUCAUCUUUAAACUCUCCUGACAGACAAGAGUGCUGGGAACGUGGACCACUGCUGUGGAUGCGGAGGACUCCACCCAGCAGUUUGUGCAGUGCAAAGAUAUGAGACAGGGAAAUGAAGGGCGCUACAAAGAUGGACGUCUGCCGGGAUGGAGUUUGACAGUUAUGAAGGAGCAGCUCUGUGAUUCGACCCAAACGCAAACUUUUGAUAUGUAAAAAACACCAACUUUGUUAGACAAAAGGUUUUCUCGCAAUGGGAGUGUGUGACACAAACUGUGACAUAAGCCAGUGACAAAUAACAGUAAUGGUCAGACUUUAUCUCACUGAGUUAUUUUUAUUUCAAUAGAUUUUUUCAUUUUGAGGAUAAUAUUGAGGACAAUCUCCCAGAGAAAUGAAAGUAAUGAAUUACAGCAGGACAGUUUAGCUCCAUGGACCAUUCAUAUAAAUAAGAAAAGAAACUUACCUGAGUAGUACAUUUGUAAAAGAUGUCUGAACUCAAUAGCAAUGUCUCACAAUGGGACACAACAUAUGUGCUGCUAACAUAAUGCAACACUAUGCAACUUUUCAUACAAAAUGAUUUUAAAGGUUCACUGACUUGGAA